AUGGCGAAGGAGGAUUUAUUGGGGGAUGAGCUCUCCCCGGAUACCAGAGAAAAGAAUUUGGGUUCGCAGGAAAUGCUGAGCGAUGGCGAGGCGGCGGCGGGGGAAGGUCGGGUGACGCGGCUGUACGCCCGGCGCUGGGUCAUGGUCAUCCUCUUCAGCUCGUAUUCGCUGUGUAACGCCUUCCAGUGGCUCCAGUACGGAAUCAUCAGCAACAUCUUCAUCCGCUACUACGGGGUCAGCAGUCUGGCCAUCGAUUGGCUGUCCAUGUCCUACAUGUUGGCGUACAUCCCGCUCAUCUUCCCCGUCGCCUGGCUGCUGGAAACGCGCGGCCUGCGACUCAUCGCCCUCACCGGCGCCGGCCUGAACUGCCUGGGCGCCUGGAUAAAGACGGGCAGCGCCCGGCCGGACCUCUUUGGCGUGACGCUGUUUGGACAGUUGGUGUGCGCGUCGGCUCAGGUCUUCAUCCUGGGAAUGCCGUCCCACAUUGCGUCCGUGUGGUUCAGCUCCUCCGAGGUCUCCACCGCCUGCUCCCUCGGGGUGUUCGGGAACCAGUUAGGUGUCGCGGUCGGCUUCCUCCUGCCGCCGGUUCUGGUCCCCAAUGUUGAAGAUUUGGACCGGCUGUCACGUGACAUCAGCAUCAUGUUCUACGGAACCGCCGCCGUCUCCACUCUCCUCUUCAUCCUGGUAAUAUUCGGUGCGCAUCAACCCGACCACUCGUGUAUACUGACGGCUGUGGCCGGAAUGGUGGAGGUGCAGUGA